UAAUCAUUUUACACAUUUUGUGAGAUUUUGUGGAUAUUUUGAGGAGACUGGUGGUCGGGAACCCGACGCGAAUCGGAAAGCGACAUUGUAUACAGAAAUCUUCAGAGUUUUGGGGCUUCUCAAUUCGUACGAGCUUCUCUUAGGGCAUUGAUUUUCAGAGGCAGAUCGGUUCAGAAUCGAGAUGACUCCUGUUCAUCCUUUCGUGAAAUCUGCUCGUCCCGACGACGCUUCUUCGCGGAAGCACCAGGGGGAAUCUGCUUGUCCUUUUGCGAAAUCCGGCCGUUCUGAUGAUGCUUCUUCAAGAAAGCCGCAAUCGGAGGCUGCUUGUCCGUUUUCGAAAUCCGUUCGUUCGGAUGAUGCUUCAUUGAGGAAGAUUCAGGCUGAGGCGGAGAGUAAUGGAGCGGAGAAAGAUGUUGCUGAUGCUGCUGGAACCGGUGGCAAGUGUCCAUUUGGAUAUGAUUCUCAAACUUUCAAGAUUGGCCCUCUGAGCUGUAUGAUUUGUCAGGCACUUCUCUUUGAAUGCAGCAGAUGUGUCCCCUGUUCUCACAUUUUCUGCAAAGCGUGUAUUUCGCGUUUUAAUGACUGUCCCCUGUGUGGAGCUGACAUUGAGAAGAUUGAAGCAGAUGCCAAUCUCCAAGCUACGGUCGAUCGCUUCAUUGAAGGUCAUGCCAGAAUCAAGAGACCCCAGGUGAACUCAGACAAAGAGCAGGAGAAAGUUAGUGAAAGUAAAGUAGUGAUUUAUGAAGACGUGUCCAUGGAGAGAGGCGCUUUCUUGAUCCAACAAGCCAUGAGGGCAUUUCGUGCCCAGAAUAUUGAAAGUGCAAAAUCCAGACUCACUGUCUGUGUUGAAGAUAUACGAGAUCAAUUGGAAAGAAUGGGCAGUUCAUCCGAACUGUGCUCACAGCUUGGAGCAGUUCUAGGCACGCUUGGUGAUUGUUGUCGAGCAGCUGGAGAUGCUAGUUCUGCAAUCAAGCACUUCGAAGAAAGUGUAGAAUUUCUCUCAAAACUGCCUGACAAGACUCACGAGAUCACUCAUACACUUUCUGUAUCACUAAAUAAAAUUGGCGAUCUAAAGUAUUAUGAAGGAGACCUCCAAGCUGCAAGAUCUUAUUAUCUCCGGUCUCUUAAUGUUCGCCAAGAGGCGAGCAAGCAUCAUCCAGAUGAUCCAGCUCAGAUUCUAGAUGUGGCUGUUUCGCUCGCAAAGGUGGCAGAUGUAGACAGUGGUCUAGGAAAUGAGGAUAUGGCAGUUGAUAGAUUUCAAGAAGGCAUUAAGUUGUUGGAGUCAUUAACACUGAAUUCUGAGAAUCCUGGUCUUCAACAGCGACGUGAAUCUGUUUUGAAGUUCCUUGAAGGUCAACUUGCAGAGCGACAAAAGGCAACUCAAUCCAGUUGAUAGAGAUCAUUCCAAUCUUCUAUAUGCAAAUAAGCUCCUUUUAGCCGAGCAACAGGGAAGAUUGCGAGCGUUAAGGUAUAAAUUUAUCGCCAUGGAAUACACCUCGUCUCUAUGUUCUUAUCAUGUUUCCUUCAGGGUAUGGUACAGAAGCAUACAUAAUCGAUGUCGCUUUAUUCGUCUUAUGAGCAUGAAUUGGCUUGGCAGUCAUGUCUCAUGUGUAUAAUGGUUUUUCUUAUCCCCUCUGACAAACUCUGGUUUUGUACAAUGUAGCAGAAACUCCUCACGCUCUUUUAUAGUGAAGUUGUUUGCUAAGCUGCAAUCUAUUAAAUAAAUUAGAACUUUAA